GUCCUUUUUUCGUAUGUGGGAUAUAGGCAUGGCGCUUGAUACUGGGUACAUAUAGGGUAGGACGGGAAAAGAGUCUCACUCAGCAUAGAUAUCCAAACAGCGGAUUUGCAUGUUCAUCAAUGCUGGACUCUCUUUUGUUUCUAUUUCGCUUUCGUGGGUCGGCGGUCUCAUGGUUUGUAUUCACGUCUGGUAAUCUCGACUUCCGCGACCUUCAACAUCCGGAAGUCUCAAAGACCUACGUGUGCACCGUCACUCACAUGUGUUGGGCUUCGCUGCUGCGCAUUCUUCCUACCCCGAUAGCGCUUUCCGACCCGGUAGCUCUGAACAACCUUCCCGUCGCCUUCAGAAGCCGACUACGCUGUUGCGGCUUUGCAUGUGCGCAUCACAACUUCGCGAUUCCAUAUGCGUUGCAGAACGGAUAUUUGAGUGUCGCACAUUCUAUUUCUUAGAAAAGCAUGUCUAUCGCUAUUUGUACCUUUGUGUAGCGAAAGCCACCAUUCGCAAUGCACCCUCCGCCCACUAAAUCGAUACCGCCGCCAACCUUUUUCGUCUUCAAC